ACCACACUUUAUGUGGGAGAUCUGCACCCCGAUGUGACAGAGCCAGUGCUGAUGGAGAAAUUCGUCCCUGUAGGAGGAGUUCACUCCAUCAAGCUCUACCGAGAUAAAGCGACGGGCUUCUCACGAGGAUACGCCUAUGUCAACUUUUACCAGCGUGCCGACGCUGAGAGAGCCUUCGAAUUGCUUAAUUAUGACCUCCUUAUGGGACAGCCCAUGCGAAUAAUGUGGUUCCAGGUGGACAGCUCACUGAGAAACGCCGGAACUGGAAAUAUCUUCAUCAAUAAUUUGGACAAGUCGAUUAACAGCCUGGAACUUCACGGCCUCUUCUCCACCUUUGGCAAGAUCCUGUCGUGCAAGAUCGUAGGCUAUAAAAAGGGGUACAAGAGAUAUGCUUAUGUCCAUUUUGAGUCCGUCGAUGCUGCAGAGAGGGCCAUCAAGGCGCUGAACGGCAAACUCUUGAACGACCGCCUAGUGACUAUCGAACACUUCAAGCCCUAUAAUGCGCGCCAGGCUGAGAGUGCCCACAACCCCCAAGUCUUCACCAACAUCUUCAUCAAAUACUUUGAUCAGGACAUGGACACCAAGAAGCUGACAGAGAUCUUCAGCAAGUUCGGUCCUGUGGCGAGUGCUCGCGUCAUGACCAACGAGCAAGGGAGGUCUAAACGAUUUGGCUUCGUGAGAUUUGAGAGGCCUGAAGAUGCAGAGAGAGCUGUGGAAGAAAUGAAUGGGAAGGAGUUGAAUGGCAAAAGGAUAUAUGUGAAUCGAGCACAGAAUAAAGAACAGAGACAGGUUGAAUUCAAGCACAAGUAUGAGCAGGGUCUGAACCUCUACGUGAAAAACUUGGAACCAAAUGUGGAUGAUGAAUGUCUACGCCAAGAGUUUUCACGUUUUGGACACAUUACCAAUACCAAGGUGAUGAUGAGGCAUGGCUGCUCCAGAAAGUUUGGCUUUGUGCACUUCUCCUCCUCCAAAGAUGGCAUGAACGCUAUAAAGGAGAUGAAUGGCAGGAUGUACGGCAAGAAGCCAUUGUAUGUGGCUGUUGCUCAGCGUAAAGAGGAGGGCCAGGCUUACCUUGCCCAGCAGCAAAUGCAGUGGAUGGCAAGCAUGGAGGCUCAGAAUACCGCUGCCUAUUACACAAGCAACCAGGUGGUUCCUCAUGAGAUCAUGCUGCCGCAAUAUGUCCAGACCAUGCCUGAAGUUUUCCGGUACGUGCCUGUCGAUGCCCAUGAUGUUCCCAAUUUCACACAUCUGUGACUAUGCAGCAGUGAGGUGCCAUAGAUGGGUGCAGUGUUUACAAACCCAACUGCACCUAGAGCUACAGCUAUUCUUGUGACAUUUGCAGUGGCAGCUAAAUAUAGAGUGCCAGCUCCAUACAUAAUUUAAAUUGUAGACACAUUUGCACCUCUGAAUACUGUGCCAGCUGUUUAUUAUAUGCCAGCUCCAGCCGAAGAUGCAGGUCCAGAACAUGCUCCAGCUGCAGUUCAGAUUCAAGGUCUAAGUCCAGCUGAAGAUGCUGAUCCCAACCUUGUUUCAUUUGAGGUUGUGGUCCCAGGUUUAAAUACAGCUGAAGAUGUAUCCCGAGAACAUGCUCCACCUGCAGUAGAGGUUCGAGGUCUAAGGUCCCGCUGAACAUGCAUGUCCAGAACAUGCUCUAGUUGCAGCUGAGGUCCCAGGCUCAUCUCCAGCUAAAGAUGCAGGUCCAGAACAUGCUCCACCUGCGGUUGAGGUUGCAGGUCAAGCUUCUGCUGAAGAUGCAGGUCUAGAACAUGCUCCAGAUGUAUAUUUAUAGUAAAAAACAAAAAUCAUAAAAUGCAAAUAUAAAG